GUUUACGUUUACAAACGGGGGGGAUAUCAUCGUCGUGAUGAUAACACCUCUCUUUCUGGAUGUCUGGACUCUGGAUAAAUGAUGAUAAUAGUAAGCGAUAUUGUGAAAGUUUUAUUUCACUGAAAGGCGUUUUUACUCUUUCUCUUGGUGUUCCUCCUGUUAUUUCAUAACCACAUAAGUCGCAGCAGCAUGUAUGAAAAAUGAGCAUCCUAAAGAAGAAAGUCCAAGAGUUCGAGGACUGCCUAUCAGCUAAGAAGGUUGAUCCGCGUCAACUUAAAAAAUUGUGUUUCAAUGGUAUUCCAGAUCAAGGUAGUCUCCGACCACUCUGCUGGAAAUUACUUCUAAACUACAUGCCGUACGAGAGAGACAAAUGGAAUGAGACUUUAAAACAAAAGAGAGAUUUGUAUAAAUCGUUUAUUGACGAUCUCAUUGUUAUUCCUGGAGAAUCUAAUCUUGAGGCUGGUAGGGUAGAUGUAACAACCGAUGAUCAUCCUUUAAAUUUAGAUCCAGACAGUAAAUGGCAGACAUUCUUCAAAGAUAACGAAGUACUGUUGCAGAUUGAUAAGGACGUAAGGAGGCUAUGUCCAGAUAUUUCCUUCUUUCAACAGGGUAGCGAGUAUCCAUGUGAGGCUAUUAUUAACAGUAAUGGACAGAAGCGUUUGCAUCAAAGAGUACAUCAUACUGUGUUAAAAAGUGCCAGUGUGGAGAGGAAAGGCUUGGGUGUUACUAAGAUUGCUGUUCCUGCCAGAAAAGCUAUUGAGGAUUAUGCUCCUUUAGAAGGUGGUGAAGCACACUGGGAAGUGCUGGAGAGGGUCUUAUUUUUGUAUGCGAAAUUGAAUCCUGGCCAAGGAUAUGUACAGGGUAUGAACGAAAUUGUUGGACCUAUCUACUAUGCGUUUGCUUGUGAUCCUGAUCAAAAAUGGAGGGAACAUGCUGAGGCUGAUACAUUCUUUUGUUUUACUAACCUUAUGGCUGAAAUAAGGGAUUUUUUUAUCAAGUCAUUGGAUGAAGCUGAAUUUGGAAUAAAUGCCAUGAUGAAUAAGCUUAUGCAUGAGUUGAAAAUCAGUUCUUAUGAAAUUUGGAUGCGAUUAAACCAACAAGAAUUAUGUCCACAAUACUACAGUUUUAGAUGGUUGACUCUCUUAUUAUCUCAAGAAUUUCCACUGCCAGAUGUGAUGAGGAUAUGGGACUCAUUGUUCUCGGAUGAGAACAGAUUUGAAUUUUUGAUUCAUAUUUGCUGCGCCAUGAUUUUACUGUGCAAGGAACAGAUACUAACCGGUGAUUUUGCAGCCAAUGUCAAAAUGUUACAAAACUUUCCAUCUACUGACGUACAGAUUGUGUUGUCCAGGGCGGCUGAACUUGCAGAAAAAACCUCUUUGUAAUGUGAUGAUUUACAAAGACUUGGAUCAAAAGCAAUUUUUUGAUUAAAGAUGAAUAUGUAUUUUGUAAUAAGUAUAUAUUUUUCAAGUGAGCAUUAGCUCAAAAAAGU